AUUGUUGGUUGUCAAGAAAAGUGAGGAAAAAUGGCGGACGAAAGUGAGGAACAGUGGUUAUAUGGAGAUUCAACGGAUGGAAAAGAAUUAUCGCCGACAAAUGUUCAAAUUGAAAAUCAACAAAAUGAUUCAAUUCUUAUUAAUUCUCAAGAAGUAUCACAAAUUUUGGAAGAAAAGAAAAAUGAUAACGUUCCGGAAAGAUUAGCCGAGAUAACAGAAAAUGCAGGUUCACCUAGAGAAGAAUGUUCAUUGAAUAAUAUGCAAGAUGAAAAUGACCCUGAUGUUAGUAAAAAUGGUACAAGAGAAGCUUCCAGUCAAGAGGAUGGAGAAGCUGCAAGCGAUUCUGAUUCUGACGACGACAUUCAUGUAGUUAUUGGGGAUAUUAAAUCGACACCGGCGUAUGGUAGUUUAAAUAUUAAGAGAGGUGGCCUACUUACGACCGCAUCAGGGGUACCUGAUAAACUGAAUAAGCAACCAGGGAAAUUUAGUAUAGACGAAUUCGAAACAAUUGGCGUUAUCAAUGGAAUGCCAGCUCAUGAAUUUAAUUUAGAUCAAUUAGAAGAUAAACCAUGGAGACAACCUGGUGCAGACAUAACAGACUAUUUCAAUUAUGGCUUCAAUGAAGAAACUUGGAGAGCUUAUUGUGAACGACAGAAAAAAAUGAGAAGCGAAUCUGGAGUAGGUUUGAUAUUAAAUGCGGGAGGCGGUGGAAGUAAUCCAGGUGGUAUGCGAGUACCACAAGUAGCAAUUACUAAUGAUAAUAGUAAAUACUCUGGUAUCAUGGGACCAAAACGGGCUGGACCACCGCCAGGUAGAAAAAUGGCUGGCACUAUAGAUGUCAUUGGAAGUUCAGGAUUAGCUUCUAGAAGGAAUCUUGAUAAAUCACCGCCUAAAGGAAAUGUGAUACAAGUGAUGACAGCAGACAGAAGAGAAUAUUCUAGAAAACCAGGUUUUCCAGAUAUGAGCGUACCUCCGCCAGGAGCAGGAUUACCUCCACCCUUCGAUAUGCCACCUCCUGGGUAUCCUGGGGAACCAGCUCCAUUCUACAUGCCUGAGACUGAUCCGUAUUAUCAAAGUUAUGAACCUACUCAAGAUAAUCAAUGGGGUAACGAUCCAACUUGGCAACCAACAAAUUUAGCCAUUCCAAUGACAGAAGGCGAAGAAGAGAAAGAUAUGGGCCCUAAAACGAUACCCACAAUGGUACCACCGAUAUCUAUACCACCUUUGAUGCCACCUAGAGAUCAACGAGAUAUUCGAGAACGUGAGAGGGAUAGAGAUCGAGAUAGGGAACGUGAAAGAGAUUUGGAUUCGAUGGGUAGGGAGAGAGAAAGGGAAAAAGAAAGGGAGCGUGAUCGUGAAAGGGAAAAAGAUUCAAUGAUCAGAGAUCGUGAUCGAGAAAGAGACUCCGUAGCACGAGAUGAAGAAAGAGAUCGCGAUAGAUCACGAUCGCAAUAUCGACAUAAAGAGAGGCAUAGGCAUCGUUCAAGGUCACGAUCUCGUAGACACAAAUCGCGAUCGCGAAGUCCGAGUAGACGUAAGAAGAAAUCAAGACGCUCCGACCGGGAACGUUCUAAAGAAGAAAGCGAAUGAAUAGAAAUGUAUAUAUAAAUAUAUAUAUAUAUAUAUACACACAAAUAUAUAUAUAUACAUAUAUAUAUAUAUAUAUAUAUAUAUAUAUACAGAUAUACAUA